GAGGCAGAUGGUGGGGAGAAUGGCCGUGGCCGCGGCCGCUGCGGCUUCCUCAACCGACGGGGACGAGCAGCCAUGUAAAAAACGGAAAGAAGAUGAUCCUUCUAUUAAAGCAAUUACAAAAUAUUUUUCACCAUUAGAAAAAAAUGUUGACAGAGUGUUAUCGCCACCAAAAUCCAGCAAUAUAAUGGACUAUUUUAAAAGAACUCCUCCUACAACUGAAAAGAUUGCUUCACCUAUGAUGGAGAAGGAAAGCAAAACAAGUAGUUCAUCUUUGGAAAAUUCUUCAAAAGCUUUGCAAAGGCUUAAGAGAAGAGGAAAGAGAUGUAAUUUAAAUAAUAAAUUAAAAGAUAUGAAAACACUUGAGCAAGACCUAUUGAUAGAAAUUAAUAGCGAUGAUAGUAGAGAAGUACUCCAUCAAAAGGAAGAAGACUCCAAAAUUAGUUUUGUUGUUCACAGUGUUCCUGCGUUGCUUAGCCCCACAGACGUGGAAGAAACGUUAAAUAUUUGCAGCAAAAAACCUUUCACCAAUAUUAGUUGCAAAAAUGAAGAAGGAAAAACAAAAAUAGAAGAUGUAAAAAAAAGUAAUGUAAGAAGAUCAAAGAAAAGGAAACAUAAAGAUGAGAUGGACACGUCUGAUUGUUUUUCCACUGAAAUUCAACAGAAGGAUCAAUGUAAAGAAGUUGAUGAUAAACAAGUUGCAUCUAACAGUGAAUCCGAAAAUAAAAACUUAGUCAAUAGUUUGGGUACUGAGACCAAUGCACAGGAGAUACCACAUUUAAAUGAUAGUACUGUAACUGUAUCAUUUGAAGACUUCCUAAAAAGCCAAAGGGAAAAUAAAGAUCAAAUUCCAAGAGCACAAACAUCAGAUAGUUCUCUUACUACUGAUGAAACAGUCAGUUGCCAAGGUGCUCAGCAGCUGCCACUUAAGAAAGUAACUGUCCUUGCACAAAUUCAUUGUGCCCCCCCAAAAUCUUCCUCUUCUCGGAAAAUAGCCUCUAUUUUUUUAAAUCAAAAAAACAAAGAAGCGAAAAAACAAAGCAGCCCAUCCGCCCUGGACGCUGAGUAUGCAGAGCAAAUGAUUCAGAAACGAAAAUCUAAUGUGGUAAUAGAAGAAGAAGAGUUAGAGCUGGCUGUAUUAGAAACUGCAGGUUCAGAGACUGUAAAGUCAAAAUGCACUGCAGAAGAAAGGCACCAGUUUAUGAAAGCUUUUAAACAACCGGAAUCAGAGACAGUAAAAAAUGGACCUAAAAAAGGCCCUGGUAAACCAAAGGAAGUAGGAGAAAAAUCUUUAAAACAUAAACUGGAAAUGGAAGAAUGUGAGGAUGUUUCUAAUAAAAAACUAGAAAAUAUUGUAUCAACUGAUAAUGCUGAUAAUGAUUUCCAUAGUAAUAUUGGCAAAACUGGUAGCACCAGAAUAAGAAAUAAGCCCACGAGAAAAAAGAUUCUGGAAGCAAAGGAGAAAAAAAUAAAUACUAAUGAUAAGCAAAACAAUGAUGCUAAUGGUGAAAUUAAGGGAAUAACUUCAAGUGAGAAACAAAGCAAUGUGCCACAGAAAAAUAAUGGUUUGAGAAGAAGUCCACGGCAAAAGAAAAGCCAAGAUUCCAUAAGUAGUACACCAGAAAAAGCAAGGAUUUUAGAGGUUGUUGCUGAAAACACACCAGGUGCUAUUCCUCUACAGGCUUCUACUCCAAAAGCAAGCAAUAAAUCCUUUAAUAAAAGUGACUUGUAUAAAGCUGAAGUGAUUACUGAACCUUUUGAUUCAAAGAGCCCAAUAAGGAUGAAAUUCACCCGAAUUAGUACAUCUGAAAGAUUUAUGCAACAGAGUAUAAAGAUGAGUUCUACUUCUAACAAUAUAUUCAAAGCAAAGAAAUUGGUUAAGAAAGCAAAAGCUUUACAACAUCACAGAGCAGCAAGGAUUGCUGAGGAGAAGUCAUGCACACCUCUAAGACGCUCUUCUAGACAACAAGCUCUUGUUGAAAAGAAAAGGUUACAGAAGAUGGAAGACUCGGAUAUUAUUUUAGAUUCAAGCACGAGCGAUUUCACUACUGUUGCAGGGAGUGUGAAGAAAAAGAAACUGCAAAGCUUGAAUGAUGUGUUGGGGAAAAAGGCUGGAAAUGUAAAAGCAACUAAGAAAUCAAAUGGAAAAGAAAAGGUGUCUUCAUUCAUUAGGAAAAACGUCCAGAAGCCUACAGAUGAAGCAAUUACUGUUUUUGAUGAAAGCAGUGACGAUGAUUCUGAAAAUUCUCAAGAUGACAAACAAUUCAAAGCAAAACGUGAAUUUUUAUUGAGUGGUUUGCCAGAGUCCUUAAAAAAACAAAUUGCAAAGAAAGCAGCAGCAUUGGAAGCAUUUUCUGCAGCUAAUUCCUGUUUUCAAACAGUGGCCCAUGUACAGCAGAAGGAUUAUGGAUGUUUGAUGUGGAGAUUGGCACCGCCCUCAUGUCAUCUCUUAACUAAUCUAAGAGAAGUGAAUUCCUCAAUAACUGAAGUUUCAAAACUCACUUUUUCACUUGGUGAAUUUUCAGUUUUAAAUACACAGCCUAAUUUCACUGAUCCUACAAUUGUUGUGUCAUCUGGAUGGCGACCUGUUUUUUCUGAAACACAAAGGAAUUGUUUGUUGGAAGAAAUUCAGUCUUCCAACACCCAGUUUCCUGUGAAACGAUUUUUCGAUCUACUAUUGAAAAAACAAGCUGCUCCUGAAAAUAAUAAACAAGUAAACAAAUGUGAAGCUCUAAGUUCUGAGACAAAUACAAAAUUUGAUAAUCUGGAAGAAACCAAAAGAAAACGAAAAAGUGAAGAUCACAAAUCCAAAAGAAGGAAACAGAGGGGGAAAAAGACUGAGUUGCCAGACAAAGCUUCCAAAGUAUCGUGCGUAAAACAAGCUGGCAUGGAAGAUAUAAUCCAGACAGUAGAUAUAGUUAAGACUGAAGAAUCUAGAAUUAUAAUGAUAGAAGAAUCUGAAUUUGGAUCAGAAAUUAGUUCUGUUUCUGAUUUUGAAAAUGAAGACAUGCUCUGGACAGAAAAAUAUCAGCCACAGAACUCCAAUGAACUUAUAGGCAACACUGUAGCAGUUAAAAAGCUACACAGGUGGCUGUGUGAAUGGAAAAGAAGAGCUGAUUGGGAAGAAAACAGAACUCAGACAGGAGAAAAGAGUGGCCGUCAUCAAGAAUUCUCGGACAGUGUGGAUUUUAAAGAUGACAAAUCUGACAGUGAGGAAGAGACUGUUCUGUGCAAUACUAUGCUGCUCGUUGGUCCCUCAGGCAUAGGAAAGACUGCAGCAGUUUAUGCUUGUGCGCAGGAGCUUGGCUUCAAGAUAUUUGAAGUCAAUGCUUCUUGCCAGCGUAGUGGAAGACAGAUUCUCUCACAGCUGAAGGAAGCUACUCAGUCUCAUCAAGUAGACAAACAAGGUGGACAUCCUCAUAAGCCAUGCUUUUUUAACAAUUUCAGUAGCAGUAAAUCACCAAAAAAAAACUCUCCUAGAAAAGAUUGGUCUCCUAGGAAGCCUCCAAUUUCACCCAGAAGAGUUGGAUUAAAACAAGGCUUGGCACCCAAAACAUUAGCACACUAUUUCAAAAUUUCUUCCAAGCCUAAGAAUAAGGAAGAAAAAGCGCAAGGAAACAACAAAGAAAAUAAGGAGAGGCUAUCUGGAGAAAAAGUACAGAAAAAACCAAUUAAAAAGGGAAUGAAAGAAGAGGAAUCUAGUAAAAAAUAUGCAACUUCUCUCAUCCUCUUUGAAGAGGUUGAUAUAAUAUUUGAUGAAGAUGUUGGAUUUCUAAAUGCAAUAAAGACAUUCAUGACUACUACCAAGAGACCUGUCAUUCUUACUACCAAUGAUCCAUCAUUUAGUUUAAUAUUUGAUGGCUGCUUUGAAGAAAUCACCUUCAGUGCACCUUCUUUGAUAAACGUUGCUAGCUAUCUUCAAGUUCUCUGUUUGGCUGAGAACUUAAGAACGGAUAUAAGAGAUUUUGCUGCAUUGUUAACUGCAAAUAACUGUGACAUCAGACAAAGUAUUCUAUACUUGCAGUUCUGGGUUAGGAGUGGUGGCGGCUACUUGAAAGAAAAAGGGGGAGGGAGAGAGGUAAGUAGCACAGAACAGAUUACUUGCAUUGAAGAACCAAUUAGCUCCAAGACGAGUAAACCUGCCCCUCUUGUGAACAUUCCAAAAUAUGACACCGGCUGCAUUGAGAACUUGCUUGGCCUUAAGAACAUCUUUUUGCCUUCAGAAGAUUUGUUUUCAUUUCUUAAGCAUGAAAUCACAACAAAAGAAGAAUGGAGCAAGCUGACACAUCUGCUAACAGAAUUCCAGAUGAAGAAUAUUGACUUUAUUUAUAGCAACCUUGAAAUCAUUUUACCUUUACCAAUUAAUAUACUUCCAGAACCAAAUCAAAUGGAUAAUCUCACACAAAACAAUAUUACAAAAAACUCUUCAAAUAAUAAAUUCAUCAACUGUGAUUCCUCUGAGGAAGGUACCCCUGUGAAAAAGACUAAGCAGUCAAAGCACCAGAGAAAAUUGGCUUUAUUGGAUGAUAGUGAUUUAUUUGAGAGUGAAUUAAACUACUCUGGGUUCAUUACUGUGCCAUCUGACAUACCUAACUUAUGCUUGCAAGAAGAAAAGGAUGGAGUGGAGCCUGUGAGUGGUAGCACCAUGGCAUUGACCUGUGGAACAUCUGCAAAAGCAAAAGGCUCUGCUGCAUUCCAAUGUCUAAAUUCAUUAACUGAAUUUGUGGACAAUAUGUCUCUCUUAGACUAUUGCUUGAACAGGAAGACUCAGGAGUCAAAGCAACCUUGUAAACGUGAGGAAUUCUUUUGGACAAAAGGGAAGAUAAAAAAUGGUCUAUCUGACGAGUUUGGUGUCGAGCAUAAUGACUGGUGGAAUUACCAAAGUUCUUGUGAACUGAAAGCAACCGUAGAGGCACUAAAUUUCAACAAAUGCUUUAAGAAUAUUUCAAAAAUUAUGGAAAGUUACUUGAACUCUGAUAGAACAUUUGGGAAGGAUGAAUCUGAAGAACUUACACUCCAUGUUUCAAAAGACCAAGCCAAUUUAUACUUUGGCCGGUCAGCAGCUAAUUCCAGCAUUCAGCUUAAUGCACAGAAGAGGUUGGAAAUAAUCAAAAGUGUAUUUUCCAAUAGAACUCCUUUAAAUCUUAGUAACAGACAAGCCUGCAUAAUGGAAUACCUGCCUAUUCUCCGCAACAUCUGUAAGUCAGAGAAACGGAAAGAACAAGGGAAAACAAAAAGAAGAUUUCUCCACUAUCUUGAAGGCAUUCACCUUCCCAGAGAAAUUUUGAACAGUCUGGCAAGUGACUUUCCUUGAAAUGGCUGCCAAU